AUGGCUUCUUAUUGUUCAGUUUGUGCUGAUAUAUCCUCAUCAUGCAAUACAAAUGUUCAAACAGAAACAAUUUGUGAAUAUCCAGCUGUAUGUACUGGAGCACCUGGUGGCUCCGGUGGUUUAUGCAUACCUGUUUGUAAUCAACCAGAUAUCUCAGGUGCACCUUGUGGUUCAACUGGUUGUAGAAAUGGACUUGUUUGUUCCGUAGAUGAAUGUUUUGCCGUUGGUUCACUUGGAAUAGGUGAUAUGUGUGUAUCUCAAGAUAGUAACAGUAUAUUUUGUUCAAUCGGAUUAAAAUGUAUAUUAAGCAAAUGUGUCAAUGUUAAUUAUCCUUUUUGCCAAUCAAAUUCAAUGUGUAAUCCUGGUGAAGUAUGCUAUAAUCAAAGAUGUAUGAAACCAAUUGGAGAAGGUGAACCUUGUCAGUCUUCAGCUCAAUGUCAGCCUUUUCGCAACUGUCUUGUUAAUUUAAACAAUAUAUUUGUUUGUACUCCUCCAAUGUCUGUGGGACUGGGUGGUACUUGUUUUGAAACAAGCGAUUGUGAUAUCUCUCAAAAUUUAAUUGUAAGUUAA